AUGGCGGAUUUCAUGGAAGAUGUUGGAGUCGGCUAUUAUCGAUCACUGGACCCGCCAAAAAACUUCGCAGUGAAGUAAGAACUCUAACUACACCCAGUAUGCUUAUAUAUUUUACGUGUAGUUUAACGUAUUCUGAAGUUUAGCCGUAAUUUUUAAGAUGAGGAAGCAAUGCUCAAGAGUUGUUAUGGCUACGUAUUCAUUUCUUUAUUAGGGUAAAACUUCGACGAGUGACAGCCGCGAGUUAUCUUCCGGAGUUUAAAAUUGGCUCACAGCAAAAUAUCAAUAAUGUUGAAGGAGCUGAAGUUGCUGGUGAGGAACUUGAGAUGGCAACUUUACGACGAGGUAACGAGUCAAUUCAAAAUUACUUCAGUCUUUUCUUGAUCCUCUUGCAAAUUUAACUGGUGGGAAUGGCUGUAUUGUAUUAGGGUUCCAUAAUUAUUAUGGAAACAUAAAUGUACAAGACAUAAUUAUACAUCGUUCAGUUUAAGCUAGUUGUUUUUUCCAUCUUCAUGCGCUUCCUUGCAGACAUAAACAGCUGAUCCAUCUCUGUUAUGAACUGCAAAACAUCAAGAAAGUCAGGCAGGUCUGUCAGCAAGUUUUGAAGCUGGUGGAGAAAUUAGAAAAGAAGCCAUGGAUUUAGCUUUUUCUCUUGUUUACUGAACUUAUACCGCUAGCUGAGACUUCUGUCCUUUCAUAGGCAGGUUUAGGCCCAGUUCAGACGUCGUGCUUCUGCUGUGCCGAACUUAAUUGCAAUUUGGUUCGACUGUAGCAUGGCAGGAAAACAACUUUGAUUCAGACGUCGUGCCAGAGUCGAAUCAAAUUCAGGAUUUACUAAUGCCUCGUAACAAUUCUUCUCCCAACUCCCCGUGGGAACCAAAUCUCGCCAAAAUACAUUAAUAUAAUUUAUGAAUUUUGUUUAGUGCGGCAGAAGCACGACGUUUGAAUCGCUGCCGUGCCAGAGCCGUGUAGCACGGCAGCACUUGUCGAACUUAAUUGCUUGCCGAACUUAAUUCAAAAGUUUGAUUCAGAUGCCGUGCUUCUGCCGUGAUUUUGUCGAACUUAAUUCCUGAAUUUAGUUCGGCACGGCAGAAGCACAACGUCUGAACUGGGCCUUAGCAUAGCUUUUUUUUUUUUACCCUUUACUCAAAGCUGGUUCAAGGUUAAAAUGCAAAGGCUUUUGUUAUAGAAAGGGUAUUUAUCUGGGGUCCUUUUUCACUUUGCCAAACCAAACAGUCAGCAACUAGUGGAAUUAUCAAGGGAAAAAUGGAACGUACUGUUGGAUUGAAACAAAGCUUCCAAUGGAAUCAAAGCGAUCUAUUUGCGUUUCAACCAAAAUCUUGAUUACCGCGUAGCAAAGUACAUGUAGGACUGGAAACAAGAAUUUUUUGGAAAUGGAAUGGCAAGUUUUGGUUGGACUGGACCAACCGGUCAAAGAGGACCACUUCCAGAAGUGGACCACUUUGACUGGAAAAUUUCUACAUAAAUCAAAGCAUUCCAUUAAAUUUUAUUUUUUGACCGAAAUUUCCGAAAAUGCUGGCAUAAUGAAAAGCACCCCUAGCUUUUCUUGUCCUAAGGAGGGGCUGGUCGUUUAUUACCAGUGAGGGUGGGGUGGCCCUUUUGAGAAUGCUUAGAAGAUUUUCAAACCAAUCCCUGUCUUCAUCCUUGCCUCUUAGAAAUGACCUCCCAUAAAUUUUACAAAUUGUGAAAGUGCCCCCCCCUCCUAUGAAUUACUGCUGAGGAAACUACCAAUAUUCUAACUUCAAAUCAUGCCAAAGUUCAUCUCAUACUUAUCUACAGCAGCGUUCUCCUUAUCUGGCGGUAACCGGUAAAAUUUACGGCCUGCAACCACAUGAAGGUUUCCUAAAAUUAGAAAAAGUAGAUUAAAAAAAAAAAAUGAAGUUGUGAUCCAAUCCGAUUCUCACAAGGAAAAUGAAUAAAUAUGUAUGGAAAAGAACUAAAGUAUACGCAGCUUUUCUUUUAUCGGCCACACAUUUUGGAAAGAGAGCAGUGAAGACAGAGUAAAAUUAUUGGAAUCAAACAUUUUAAAUUUAUUGUUGUUUAAAGAUAACCACGGCUGAUUUGUGUAAAAUAGGUCUUAAAAUGAGGGAACAACAUUUCAGAGAACUUAGCUCCUAAAUUUCCCAGCGAGGGUGGGCCAUGUCCUCCACUCCACUACCCGCCUUCCCCCCAGGGAAGUGCCACCUCUGGCGCAUAUUUUUUUUGCCUUACUGGCCAUGAAUGGUCCCUUACCUGCUGAGCUAAAUUUUAGGGAAAACACUGCCACAUUCAUGUUUACAAGACUGGUGUUUACUACUACGGCUGUUAGAUUUAACUUCAUUUCACGCUUGUUUACUACUUCUCAGCGCUACUUUCAUGAAUUUAUUUAAAUCAUCCCCCAGGUAAUUCCCCCUGAAAAUGACACCCCAAACCAACAAGAUUUUGAAAAUGACCGACCAGCAGAAUGCCCCCCCCCCCCCCAUCACAGCUAAUAAACAAUCAGCCCCUUAACCAUGCCAGUUUUUCAAACCCCAGUUACCCCAGAGGAACCCCUAAAAACCAAACUUUAUCAUUCACAUCCUCCCAUCCUGGUGAUGUACUGUCCAUUUUUUGUUGAGACCACCAUGUCUUUAGAAGCAUGUGAUAAGUUGUAGGAGUUUAUUUUUUAGACUAAUAAUUUUGAUAUAAAUUAUGACAAAAUUUUGUCACAGAUCAAGAUAAGCAAGAUCAAGAUGCUGAGGAAUGUGUGUUUUAUUGGCAGCAAAAAAUGUUUUCAACGGUAUUUAAACAUGCAAAAUUAUUUGAUAUACUUUGACAAUAAAAUUAAAUAUUGCUACGCAUAAAACACUGUUGGAUGACACAAUAUGGACAUCGUGAAGCUUCCAAAAUUUGCCACAAUAAUUAUGGCAAAUUAAUCCCACAGUAGGGAUUUGCAAUUGCCCAAUUUCUUACCACGCGGGAGCCUGGCACUACAGCAUUUUCCCAGACUUUUUAAAUUCCGGAUUCAAAAUGACUUCCAAAAUAGAAGGUAAAGCAAAGGUCAUUCCAUGCAGUUACAGCAAAGAACAGUUGUUUUACUGCUAUAAAGAACAUUGAUUUAAAAUGUCAAGAAGAGAAAGAUCUAAUUGGAGACUUUCGUUACUUAGAAGUAGAGGAAGGAUUCCUGAAUUGUUCGACAAGAAAUUUGAACUAAGAACCAUCACGUUUAGUUUUUUUUAUGGCACUUUAUCCGACCGGAUAUUGUGGAAUGAUAAGGGUGAUUCUGUACCUUCCAGUUACAUUGCAAUAAUAAUAUUGUAGUAAUUUAGACACUACUCAAGACACUGUAGUGCCAUUCCCCUGCACGGUAAUAUUAGGCAAUACCAAGGGAAGAGUAUUCUGUGAGAGCCGUUUUUUUUCUCUUGGGCACAACUCUUUUCAGUCAGUUAGGUUGGCUUGAUUUGUUUGUGUUCUACAGACGAAAAUUGUUUCCGUUUGAUCAAUUUUGUGAACCAGCUCUGAGUAGCCAUUGUCACAGAUGUAACGCAAGGUUCCUCGGUUAGUAACGACUACAAAGCAGCCCUGAUAUCCUUGUUCUGGGCCCCCAAGGGACUCAACAAAUUACCAGAAGAGCAUUUCAAAUUUCCUUUCAACCUGAUUGGCAAAUCAACAGUGGCAUUUUCAACAGGUCAAUCAUGGCAUGUUCUCAAAUCCUGGUACACAGUUGGAGACCCAGAACAAGGAUUUCAGCACUGUUUCACGGACAAGCUUAACCAGAGCUUAGUUACGUCUGCGGCGCAGGCUAGCUCAAAGCUGAGUUGAAGCAUUACUGAACUUGAUGCACCUGCAUCCUUUACGUGUUACUACAGGCUUGAGGUUUCACAUUAUUGUGUUUUCCUUUUGUGUGGAAAUUUCUGUUAUCUACCCUGUAUACCCAACCAUGUUGUCAUAAAAAAGUUCUGUCAUUAGGAUCCACCAAAUUAACCAAAGGUAGUUUUAGUGAAAAAGGUUUUCCCCAAUAAAAUAAAUCUUUUGUGGAAUUCGUAAGUGUUGGUAGAAGGUGUGGGGUAGUAAAUAUUUUGAGUUUUAACACAAUCAUUGUUGAUUUUUGCUGUUUCUUCAUUUUACAAAAGAGGGAGAUGGAGUUAUAUGAAGAUUUAAAUAAUUGCUUUGGACCACUGGAACAGAAAUACCGUUCUGAGAUAUUAAAGCUAAGGUGAAUCCAAAAACAUUAACCCAUUAACAAUAACUCUAUCAGUAACUUUUCAAUUAUAUUUUACUUUUGACCAACAUCAAUUUUCUUCUUACAAUAUCCAUACAUAAUCAUGAGAAAAGGUGAUGACAAUUAACAGAAUGAUCAUCAAAGGGAAAAUUCUUUGAUCUUCGAUCAACUUUUUUUUAAAGGAAAUGUAUGGAGAUCAGUCUUGAGAAGUUGUAUGUGAUAUUGCGGUCGGUUUUAACUGAAUCUCGCUCUUGCAUUUUGCAAUGAAAAUGAUAAGAAUUUUAAUUUGUAUCCUUUGGAAUGUUUAAUAAGAUAAUAUGGUUAGUUAUUUUAUACUAUGAUUAUUUCCAUACAAGAGUUGGAUGGGCUAGACGUUUUGAUAGAUGGGCUGACAGUAUUAUUAAUAAAGCCCUUGAAUAAUGCUAGGCAUCACUAUCGAUCGCAACCUGACCUUCUCUGGGCCCAUAUCAGCUGUGUGUAAGAAAGCAAGUUCACAGGUUAGAGUACAGAUGCACCUGCAUAAGCUCAUCCCCCAAUCGAGGCUUUACUUUUGGGUUUUGAAUCUAGUUUAGGCAAGGGCCUGAUCACCCCUCUUGCUAGCUAUAUGACCCUACUUGUAACUAAGGUUCAUCUCUGGUUUAAAAUUUCUUUGGCUAAAAUAAAUAAAAAAAGAAAACAGACAAGACAUGCAUAUGGGUGUUCGAUGUUUUAAAAUUGAAAAACAAGAAGAUUAUAAGCAAGUGAAUACAGGCCCCAAUUGUGUAAAAGGUUGAAAGCAUAGCACUACUUUAUACUAGAUAAACCUCUAUUCAGUGGAUAACACAGUAAGUUCCCUUUACUGAUCCAUUGUUGGUUAGUGAUUUUUCAGUUUACAGUGCUAUUCAAAUUUGACAGAUGAAAGUUCCUAUUAUACGUUUAUGAAAAAUAUCACAGCCUUUGCUGAGGUUUAUAAACACCUAAAAGUUUUUUCAGUCUUGAAAUUAUAAUGUUUUUCUUUUCAGAACAAAAGGGGGAAGACCAAACAACAAGCUGUUUUCUUAUGUUGACUGUGAUAGUUAUGUCAAUGUCGAUGAGGUAGCUCAAUAAUAAUAAAAAAUUGUAAUAAUGGUAACAUUAGUAAUAAUAACAACAACAAUAAUGAUAAUAAUAGUAAUAGCAAUCCCCAUAAUUAUCACCCCCAUCGCCCCCUGAUUGCAUGCUCCCAAGUUACAACCCCAUCUACAGUCUGUAUUUUUAAACAGAAAUUUUAUUCCGUGGUUACAUAUAACUCACGCCCCCGACUCAUUUGCACCCCAGUUAUAGACCCAUUUGUAUCUCUGCAUAAUUUCUUUUGGUACAUUCCAGCUACAGAAAAUUAAAGAUAGAGUUUUAAAUUUUUUCCAUGGAGUUCAAAAUUGAAGUUUGUGUAUGGGCGAUUAUCAGUUUGCUUCAAAACCUAUUUUUAUUCCCUGACUUCUAAUUAGCUUACAACCAGGCUUGUACUUAUAUCAAUAAAAUAACUGCUAACUAAUUUUCCUCAUUGUUGGCUGGCAGGAAUCCAGGACUCUAACAACAUCACCUUCUGAAAUACCAAGUUACCUUGCAAAGAACAUGUCAAGUGUAAGGAGAAGAAACAUUACAGCCAAAAUUGAUAGAAGGUUGGUAAAAUUUGCUUCGGGCCUAUCUUAAUUUGACUCUUCAUAAGUUGUUUAUUUUAUAAAAUGAUUCUAAGAGCAUGAAAAAGUAUUUAUCACUGAUAGAUGUAUUAAGACUUCCAUAAACAUUAUUGUUUAAAUUGGCCAUUGUACCAUUAAAAGGUCAUUCCAAUUUGUUUUGAAAGCCUGUUGCUGCCAAAUUGGGAAACAAAAAGACCCUAGGGAUAUGAAAGCUAUAAGAAUUAAUAAUGAUAAUGAUUGUAGGAUAUUAAUAAUUUUUGAAAAAGGUUUUCUACAUAACAAGGAUGUUACCAAAUAAAAAUUUAGAAAAAAGAAUAGUAGGAGAAUGGUAUUCAAGGAAAUAUUAAUGUUUGGCUACAGAGAGGUGAUAUUUUGUUUUUAGACAUCGUCCUGGUGGCUUUGCUCCUCGUGCUGAUCCUGUUGUCAUUCAUGAGACAGAGACAACCAAGACUGCUGCACACGUUGUUAACAUUCCUUACAAGACAAUGCACGUUAUGGCUGAUUUGACUCCCGAAGGAAAGUUAGUAUUGCAAACAGUACAGGUGCAGUUUUAAAUUAAUAUUGAGAUUUAAUUGUCAAAUUUAACUUUAACAUGAAAUAAACAAAUCUGCUAUUUUGAUGUUGGAGAAACUUACACGCAUUUGACAUUCUUUUGGUCAGAGUGGAAUCUAUACAUUCCGCCAUUAAAGUCAAGGACUCGCAAAUGUAACCUGAGACAGCAAAUACGAGUCACACCGCUCCCCAAAUGAAUAUCCUUCAAGUGAGAUAAGUCGACCUUUUGCUGGCCGCAAAAGCCAAAAAAAUUCACUCCUCUCACCCUCAGUUGUGAAAGUGAAACUCGUGAAGUCGACUUGUGACAAGUCUAGGUUCCAGCAAUCAUUGUGCCCAGGGAACUUGAGACUGUGUAGUAUAAUCAGCUGGGAUGGGGAAGGGUGGUUGUUUUAUGCUAAAGAAGGCGGUUUCACUCUUUCAUUGGAGACUUCUUUCUUUCUUGAUGGCCAAAAAUUAAUACAACAAUGUACUAGGAGACUCUGCUAGUAAAAGAGUCCUUAGUACAAAACUAUGGUGUUCUUGUGCCCAAAGGUCACGAUCUUAGUUAUUUAGAUUUUAAUAACUGACUGAGAUUAGUGUUCCUCUUUAUUUUUAAGAGCAACGCAUGAUCAAGAGGAUGAACAUGUGCUCUUCUCUGUCAAGGUAAUUUUAAUUUAUUUCAUUAAGAAUUAGUGUGCCUUGUAUUAUAUCACAGUCAUAAACAGUUACUAGUUUGUGAUCCAUUAGGGAAAUGUUUGUAUUGAUCUGUCCUGUUUUGCUUUUUAAAACAUUUUUGUGCAGAUUGAUGUGAAUGGCCAAAUUUUUGUCAAACCUGAUUUUAAUGGAGAAAACCCACCAUAUCGGAUAGAGACCUGCAAUGAUCUAAGAGGUGGGUAUAAUUUGCAAUUCAGUUUAAAAUUCUGUUGGUGAAAUAUUAGCAGGACUUGUUCAUUAUUAUAUUUAGCUUAUCUUUGUGUGUUCUGUCUAAGGUUUUCUUUUUGUGGACAUUUUCAGUUGAUUGUCUGUGUUUAACCCCCACUACCUGCUCAAGUACCUGUGGCACUUGUUUCCAAUGUAGUUUAUUUAGACCUUUACAAAUCUGGCCGUAACCUUAGAUCAGUGUAAAAAAGAAUUCAAUAUGGCUUAAAAUAUUCUGGUUCAAGGUUUUUGCCCACUGAAAAUUAAAAUUACUCAUUUUCCUAAUGGAUUCCAUCUUAACAUUAUAAAUUGAUCCCAUUAAAGAAUUUAAACUUUUAUAAUAAUAGUAAUAAUUUAUUUCUUAUUAGGCACAAAUUAACAUUGAAUAUGAUCAAAUGCGCCUUACAACUAUAACUACCUGUAAUAAUUACAAUAAAGUAUACUUAAGAAUACCUAAAAUUUUUAAUCUAAAAUUUAAUUAUCAAUCUAACUAUAACAGGCAAAAGCCUUCCUAAAUUAAUUUGUUUAUCUUAGUUAUUUUUAUUUCAACUUUUAACAUAAUUUUUAAGGUUAUUUUUUUAUGUGGGUAUUGGAACCAAGUAACUGACCACAAUCCUAGGUAUCUGUAGGAAGAGGGAUUUUUUUUGUCUUUGUGUUAGUAAUGCACUUAUUUGAGUGGGGCAGGGAUGUUCAUUAAAACAAUAAUUGGAAUUAUUCUUGAUUUUAAUUUUUUUUUCAGAGGUUUAUGAGUAUACAAUUGAACAAUGUUCUCCACAAAUGACAAGGUAUGAGAUCUUGGACAAACUUCAUCACUUUUUUCAGUAUAAUGUCUGUAUCAACAAGUUUGGUUUGUUGACAUACAAAAUUACAGUUAUUCACAGAUUUCUCAAAAGUUUGUUUAAUACAAUUAUUGUAAAUUUCAGUGAUCAAAGAGAACAAGAAUAUAAAAGCUUUAGUGAGGUAUGACUUGUUGUUUAUUGCCAUUUCCCUAAUUGUGUGGUUCCAGAAAAUAUCCAUACCCCCCCCACGGAGGGUCACGGAAUUUCCUAGGGGUAGGGGGGUCUAAAAGAGACAAAUUUCUGAAGCGGGAGGGGGGUACAUAAAGAGUUUUUCUUUCCAGAGGGUUUGAAAUGCGAUCGAAUGAAUACUUACGUAUUUUUCCAAUUGAUUCGGGGUAGCCAAGAAAAACCAAAAGUUCUAUCCGUGGAAAUAGACGUAGGAUUCCUUGUCAUAUAUUUUCUAUUAUUAUCCCGGCGCCAGAUGACACGUACAGCUCCGAGGCACACCUCUGAGCACGUUCGACGUCGAGUCAAACAAAAUGGCUGACUAGAAAAAUAUCGUUCCCAGUCCCUAACAUUGGCUGUAUUGUAUCGUUUUCUGUGUAGUUACGAGUUUGGAAACGUUAGCAAAGUCGAUACGAUGCCAUUUGUUUUAAGCAUAAUUUUUUUGUAACCGUGAACAGCGAUGAGAGACGGCGAAGAUUUCAUUUCGUUGUUUAGUUACCGGAAUGAACUUGAAAAGUACCUUUUACACAUGAAAUUAAAAAAAGUUAAAAAAAACUGUAAGGCGUGAAAUUUACUAUCAUUUACAAACUACAGAGAUAAAGCGUACAACUUUAUUGAAGUAUUCCUGUUGAAAGACGAACUUAAGUUUUUACAAAACAUGUUGCGUGACGGAUUAUGAUUCCCGCUGAUAAGCGAAGUCACUUCACGGCUCCACACAGGAAAACAACAUUUGUUAGCAGUACUGUUCGCACAUUAUACUACAUGUAGAUAAAAUUACACCUGCAAAGUACAAAAAAUAUCAUGGAGAUUAGCAUCGAGUCAAUUCCUGAGUUUUGCUUUGACAGCAAAAACAAGAAUGAUGUAAUAUUAUAGUCAUUUCGUGUUUAAAGUAAUUCGAUACGUUGUUUCGUCUAUGCAUAAAUUACAAACUUCGACUAGGUUACAAAACGUUGAUGAUACCGUCAACUUUCAGUACUUUCUUAGAUAUUUUUUGAAUGAAAUCUUCUGUCAAUUAAGCAGACGAAAGGUCCGCUGCCAGAACUAUAGUGUUAAUAAGGUCAGUUGUUAGAGUUUGAACAUUUCAAAAUAGAGGAAGCGAGAGGCGCGUCUGUUCAUACGUCUAGAAUUUUCCACGGUCAUUUUUAAGAAAAUUAAAUCUCAUAGCCUCCUCCAGCAAUUUUGUACCUUACCUAGCGAAUAUCUCCAUAAAUAAUGUUCCAUGAAAUAGCAAGUGUGGUAUGGCCAAAUCACUUACGUGAAAAUUAUGCCGCUUUACGUCUUCAUCUGAAUUGUAACUAUAAUCGGCUGCGGCUAAAUUUUAUUUCGGCACUAAGUAGACCAAAAUAAAUCAAUGAAGUCUUUUUAUUUGUGGAUUUGGAAUUUCCUAGGGGUAGGGGCGACCAAGUGAAAAAAUCAUGGAAAUUCCAGGGGGUAGGGGGGAGCAACCUGAAGCCCUCUGGAAUGGAAAAUGCGGGGGGGUGGGGGCUCAAACUGUAAACAACCCUCCGUGGGGGGGGUAUGGAUAUUUUCUGGAACUACACAUUUAUAGUAAAAUUUAUCUACUACUCUGUCAUUCUACUUAGUUCCUACAUCUGUGAUCCUUUUGGCCAAUGACUCAGUUUGAGAGGGCUCUGGUUUUUUUGACUAGGGUGACACCCAGGCAUAAUAGCUGCCUACUUUUAUUGAAACUAUCAUAAACUGUGAUUGUUUGAGUUUCACAUUUUCUGACACGUUAUACUGGUAUUCAAAGUCCAGAACUCUGUAAUGUGUUGACUUCCCAUUUUGAAUUUAAUGCCCAGAGCUCUCGAUUGGAGGUGCUUGCCAAAAGGAUGGCAGCUAUGGAGACAAGAAAGAUACUCUGUUUGUUGAAACAACAAUAAAUAAAUAAAAUGGCAAUACUGCUAGCAUUGAGAUAUAUCUUAUUUGCACACCUUUUUGUCUCCACAGUUAUACAACAGACAUGCCUUGUACUUGGCUUCACAAGUCGGUUCAGGGUUUGAUCCUGUGGUAGGUUUAGUGAAUCAUUUGUGGUAUUAAGUCUUAUCAAAUUUUAAACAAAGCCAAUCAGCAGGACCCCCCAGUAAAUGGCAUUAUUACUUACCUGUACAUAUCCAUCCCUUAUUACUUCUUAUUACAGUGCCCCCUGCCCCACCGCCCCCUCCCUCAAGUCCUUGAAAAAAUCCUCUGUCAAUCCACACAUCCUGGGACCAUGGUGUUAUGACACAGUUACUGUGAGAGACUCUUGAUUACUCUGACUCUCUUAAUUUCUGUUUGUUCUCAGUAUGAGGAGUAUGAAUGACUGUUCUCUGUACUGUUAGUAAUAACUUUCAAUAAUUUAAGGCAAGCAUGGCUCUAAGAUCUGAUUGAGAUUUAUAUUAUUUUUUAAUUGCUUGCUUCAUAAUCAAUCUUAAAGUUGUACUAAAAUGUAAUGUUUUGCGUCCUUGAUUUUAGCCAGAGCCUGGAGUUCUAAGGAUGAAUAUAUUUGGCGAAAUUGGUGAAUAUCAUCUUGAUGUCGUUAUGAUCAUCAACUGCGUGAUGAAGUUGUAGUUUUUUUUAAUGAUCUGUUGCAGAAAUUUGUGCAGAUUUUUGUGCUUCAAGUAACACUACACAAUUCCCAGAAUCCAAAACAACUCCCAGAAUCCAAAACAACUCCCAGAAUCCAAAACACGUCCCAAAAACUAAAAGCACAUCCAAGAAUCCAAAAUACUUCCAUUAUAGAUUGUUUUGUAUUUCAUAAGAGACAGAAUAGAUUGUUUUGUAUUUCAUAGAGACAGGAUGAUGUUAUCUUAGUGCGAGAAUAUCUGGAGGAUACUGUCUUCUUGGUGUAGCCACCACUAAGUGCAGUCUAUUAUAAAGUUGAUUGUUAUCUUGUUUUAAGAUAACAUCAAGUUCUAGGAAGUACAGCUAUCUGUCAGUUUUAAAGACUUGCACAUUCAGAAAAAUUCAUUGAACUUAGUAAUUAUAAUUGUUUUUCUUCUCCAUAGUUUCUGCCAGAGGAUUUGAAUAUGAUGGUCUUUAUGUUCAUUUUUUCCUUGAUCUGCCCUCAAGUAAGUCAGCUAUAAUCUCAUCUUGUGUAGUUAAAUGCUUGAUCACAGUGUUUUUAAUUACUUUAAUUUAUUUGUUUACACAUUGCUUUUUAGAGUGGAGACCUGUUGAUGACCCGGUAUUAUCUGGAGUAACGCAAACUUGUGUCACAAAGCUGGAAGGAGAGGUAAACAAUUUUUUUUCUUCCUUUUUGGUAAUAUAAUUUGAGCUCUGGAAUCAACCAUUUUCAAAUACAGGAUGAGUUAUUUUGUUUCAAAUAGAUUAGUAAAUAAAUACACAAACAAACUUUAUACAUGUACUCCUUGGCUUGUCAUGAAGGCUAGUUGUGUUUGUGUUUUAUGGCCCUGGACAAAAUUGACGUCAUUAAAAAUGCAAAAAAAAAAACAAAACAUUAAAGCAAAACAAAACUACAACAAUGGCAAAACAAACAAACAAAAACACAGGGCCGAUAUCCUGCCAUCUUGACAGAAGAAACUCGGUCAAAAAAGCAUUUAUUAUGUAUAUAGUCACACCAAAAUUUCUUCUUGUGAGAUCAAAGCAGAAUUUGUUUUAGCGGGCAAGAUAGACAUACACAUCAAUUGACAGGUUGGCUAUUCACCACUUUAGAUAUAAGAACCUGGAAACUGGGGCAAGUUAGCUUUCACAAAGACUCAUGGGAUUGUUACUGGGGACUCACCAGUCAGCAGACAGCUAUUGGCCAAUUUGUUUUCCCUGUCCCAAGUAUCAGUGUAACAGUCCCAGAAGUCUUUGCAAAAAUUAACUCUACCUACAGGGCUCCCAUGAGGCCUUAAAAAAUAAGGACUUAAAGAGGCAUCAUGUCCUUGAAAAUCGAAAAAUUGUGGGAUGUCCUUGAAAAGUCCUUGAAUUUUCCACAGAAGUUCUUGAGUACUUUUGAAAGCUCCUUGUAUAAAAAUAACCUCUGUUAAAAAAAAAAAGUGUUUUGGGAAAAAGGAAAGAUUGAAAACACAGAAGCAUGCAAAUGUUCCUGGUGAUCAUGAAAGUGUGUUUUAUGAUUUUCAGUGUUCCCAGCAUAGUAUAUUUUCCGUUAUUUGAAGUACCCUCAUGGGGGAAGGUAUUGCAAUAAUCUGUCUAUGUCAAAUUACAGGGAAAAGAGGUCCUUGAAAAAAUUAUUUUAGACCUUGAAAAGUGCUGAAAAGUCCUUGAUGUUUUCCCCCAAAAGUCUGUAUGAACCAUCUACCCAGCUUCCGUCUUAAAUUCCCAAGUGCUACUAAGGAGUUAAAGACAGUGAAAGGAUAACAUCACCUGUUGGUAAAUUUUGAUUGACGUUAGAAAUAACUCAGAUUUGUUUACUAAUUGUAGGAGAAUGUUGCCCAUUUCUGUUACCCUUUUGAGUUUUCAUUGCUUUACCAAGAAGAUGACGAGUCUGCUGGUGAGUUCUGCUUCUUGAAUACUUAUAAUGAUAGAGUUGCCAAAAAUGCAGCAAAUCACAGCAGUUACACUGUUGAUAAGACCUUUUUUUAUAAUUUGGUUCCAGUUUUUUGCGCUUUAACUUGCAAUUUCCUGUACUAUGUAAACUGCUGGACUUAAAUCAAUACUUUCAAUUUCUGUGUAUAAAACAGCAGGUACGCCGGCAGCAAUUUAUUGUGUUGAUUUAUUGCAGAUGACUUUAUUCACUGGCCCACUCUAUUUAUUGAAGUAUUGUCACUGGACAGCUGGGAGAGAUUCAGAACUGAAGGAUACACAUACCUUACCAUACCCAGUAAAGCUGGUGAGCUGGGUUUUAGACUAACACAGUCAUAUGACUUGCCUUGCCAUCUAGACUCCCAAGUCACUCGUGAACUCUCACAUUAUCUUAUCUGGGGAUGUUACACAAAAUUUAGUUAAUUAUUGAGGAACAAUGGGGCAAAGGGGAAUAGAGGUGAAUCUUCUUGCGUCCUAUUUAACCCCUCCUUACGUACUCUUUGCCCUCAUUUCCAGCAACCUGCAUUGAAGACCUGUGACCCUCCCCACUUAGUCUUAGAGAAAUCUGUGGAAGAAGCAAGUCAAAUGACCACUAUAACAAGCGUCAGUUAUUAGUGAGACUGUAAUAAAGUGUAAUUAAGAUUCCCUUCAAUCUUCCUACAGUAAGGAUGGCUGUUAGACGACAUAGUGACUUAUUUUCUUCCUUCAAUAGAAUUGCAUGGGUGGUUUCAUUUCCUCUUGAAUUUUCUAGGCUGGGAUAACCUCUUUUAAUUACAGUGGAACCGGUUAAUACGAGGUUUUUUUUUACAAGAAAAUGUAUAGCGGUUUUUGCCUGGCGACCAAAAAAACUGGCCGUAAUAACGAGGUGACCGUAUUACCGAGGUGGCCAUAAGGUGGAGUUUCACUGUAGUUUGCCUACUUAAUUCCUUUAGAUUGCGUGCAAAGGAUAGAUUAAAAUAAAGUACAUGUAAUCAUGAUGUCAAUUAUAGUUUAAGUUAUUUUCUGACUGCAACAUUAAUGGUAUUGUCUUUUUAUUAUUAAUAUUUUCCUCAUUCAGGUAGCUAUACUCUUGAGGCUGAUACUUGGAGACCAAUCGGAAAUGGUCCAAUUCCUGAGAUGAGACGAUUUUUUAUUGGUGGUUCACCUGAACUAGAAGAUCCUACAUAUCCACAAAAACCUGCUAUGACUGAUGUAAGUGAGAUAUUAUACAGUGUUCUUUGUAAGGUAUAAAGAAGUUACUUACCGUGAGUGGGAAGGAAUAACUGCACUUGAGAAAUCCUAAAUUCAUAACUCUCUCUUAACUAAGGCUUUAACAAUACAUCGAACUAUCGAUUAGUCGUGAUAUUAAUCCUGCGAUAGUGAUGGAUCGAUAGCAAAAAUGAAACAUCGAUAACAAUCGCUUUAGUGAUGCGAACUAUUGAAAGUUUCGAUAGUCUUUAUACUUCUAAAAAUUUAACUUCUUUGGAAAAUAAGGAAACUCUUCCUUACCGUAAAAAGAAACUAAAAACAAUCUACCGUCCUGCUGCACCUAAAAUGUUUUAGCGUCUUGAUUCUUGAACUGCAUAGUACCUGUAUUGUAUGACCACUACUUCUCAGUUAUUUCUUAAAGUAUAAGGCAUUAAGUAAAAACAGACAUUCCUGAAAAGUAUCGCAAUACUAUUGCAAUAGUACCACCACUACUCAUAUUGUGGGGAGAAAAUUAUGUUGGUCAUUAUUUUUUUGAGGUGGAAAAGGGAGGGGUAUUGUUUGAAGCAGUUGGUCCCUGAUUUAGAUCAAAAAAUGUCUCAUGAAUCCAUCUUAUGUAUGUUGAUAUCCCAGAAACUAGAGAAUGGGGGAAAAUCAUUUGUUUGAGGAUUCUCAUGCUUUAUUUGCUGAUGGUCAAACAGCUCUUGUCUCAAAAAAUCUCAAAAUUAUGGAAACUUGUUAUGUAGUCAUCUCCAAAUCAGAUGUGCAAUAAAUUACCUCUGGAGGUAUUAUUUCACGCCAAAGUACAAUAUUAUUGUUUUGAAAGAGUAAACAAAUAUUGGUGGUCAUGCAGGACUCGAAAAACGUCCUGUCCUGUAGGAACAAGUAUAUUGCAACCCUUGCUGGGCAAGUAAAUUGUAACGCUUACUUGCCCAGUGGGCAAAGGACCAGGUACUCAUCCUCUAAUAAAACUAUUAAUUUAGACGAGUAAGAAGUGGCCCCGGGAAGCAAAAAAUGUGAGAGCUGUUUGCUCAAACGACGAGCCGGAAUUCAAGUUUUAUUUGAGCCGUGGGUUGUCUGUUAAUUUUGUCCCUUUUAUUGGUAGGACAAAGUUUUGAGCAAAUACUUCUUCAGGACAGCUGCCUCUGGGAGUGUCACGGUUAAACUACAUAUUAUGCAGCAAUGCCAGUAUGUAUUACAUCAUCGUCAAUCAGAACUGAGAGGAAUUAGUGUUGUAAACCACUUUAAGAGAUCAAUUUGGACACAUCUUGUUAAACAAGCGUUUUAUUAGUGUACUUAAUAUUUUAUUUUUACGGAUGGGAGGUUAGUUUGUUGCUGUUAGCUUAUUUGUACGUUUGCAACACACUUUUGAAAAAUGAAUAUUAUAUGAUUAUUAUUAUAGGGAUUAUGUUUAAGGAUGUGGCUAAUCUUAUGUCUGAGUCUUCACUCUUCUGUGAAAAAUGUUUUAUAUUCAAAAUGUACAGAGUUGUUUAGGAACAUUGUAGGUUUGUUAAUUUGUAGUGUCUUUUAAUUGCUGCAUUCUUUAAGUUAAGUCACAAUAACUGAAAUUGCUAAUUUUUGUUCAGUAAUAAUAAUAUUAUGAAAACUAUGGAAAUGAUCCUUGCAGUUGAAUAAACAACCUGAGCGGUUGAAAAAGAACCUGAAAAAAUUCAGGCUUGACCGGGAAUAUUAAUGUUACUGUUCUAAACACUUAGAGAACCAUAUUACUUUCAGUUCAAAAAGUACUGGAAUUAAUUAGCAAACUUACGUCCAUAUGUUGUAAUGCUUUUCCUAGCCUUUUGUUCUUUAUAUUACUUAAGUUGAGUGUGUUUUCAUCUUUUAAUCUCUAAAGAUCUUUUGUGGAGGUAACAAAGAAACCUCGCCGGACAAGAACUAUAUUGGACAGACUAGGGUAAGUACUCAGUGUCAUUCAGAAAAAAAUCAUCCUAACAGUUUGCUUCCCUCUUUUGUCCCUUUUUUUUCCCGUCACUUCAGUUUUUCGCCAGAUUAACUUCUAACAAAGGUCUAGCUUGUGUGUUUCGCCGAUUCUAAAUCCCUACACGGGAUUAGAACAAUUUACAUGUACUGUAUAUCCCUGAUCUAACUGCUUUGAAGCCAAGAAAGUCAGCUUUUCUUUUAAUUUUAAUCAUAUCAACAUCUCAAGAAAAAACACUACUUUACAAGGAUAAAUAACCGUAUCAGUAACUCUAACAGUAAGAACAAUAGGUAUCUUAAAGGGAGCUUAACCACAGCGACGGAGACAACUACAACGUCAAAAAACAAUUGGUUUUAUGAGCAAAACAACAGCUCUGCACGGGCAUCACGUUUUUUUGUACCUUUCUUUGCCGUCCAUUGCACGACUACGACGUGAAACCUCCCAAAGUGACGUUCUAUAAGGGACGUGAGAAUACGAUGACGAUUUUUUCCUUUCUUCUUUAUCAUGUGAACAGGCUCUCUGUUUGGGAAAAAAAUAGCGACUAAAGGCCUGUUCACGGGCUAUUCUUCUUUUGAACCUGGAUAAAGUCCUUAAUGAAGAAUUAAACUCCAGGAAAAAAUGGCCUACAUUUGACUAAUAGAGCUGAGCAGGUCCAAAUUUGAAGGGGACGCAAAUUCUUAUUUUUUAGCGACGUUUUCACUGCCGUCAUUGUCGUCAUUGCUUAAACUCCCUUAAGCAGCCACAACGACGACGAAAUAAUACCAAUGUAAAAACAACGGAUGUUCGGAUUUUUCCUUUAAAGAAGCCGACAAAAUUUGGUGCCUUGGAACAAAUUUUUCAAAGGUGCCAACCAAAAAUGAACCCUUCGGAUUUCAUUUGUGAAAGGCCUCCGACAAAAAUUUUAGGGUUCAGAUUCCCGUCAUCUUUAGGCGGGGUGCGGAUAAAAAAAUGGAACGUUCCUAAUUGUCUUUGUUUGUUUUUUUCUUCAGAGGAAUGAAUGCCUUAGAUUCUCUGGCGCGGGUCUUAGGUAGGUGAUCAUUUAACAGCAGGACCUGAUUUACAGCUUGUUGGUUCUAAUCUGUAACUUAUCAUUUUUUCAUUAUUGGUUUCUCUUCACCAGAUGCAUUUCAGCGAGCGAAAAGAAGAAUGUUGGCUGCAAGAGAGGGGCUUCCAUCUAUAAAGUGAUGGUCAGAUCAGGUGCUAUAAUCGGCUAGAAAACGUCCGGGUGUUUGUCGAAGUCUAUGGUUAAUGGUCUUACCAUGAAAAUCACAACUUUAAACUGGUCUAAAAGAUUGUCGCCUUUGGACUCUUCCAUCUGCUGUUGUAUCUCUUCAGCCCAUCACUGCUUCAGGAGUUGUAAGGGAUUUCACACACUUUCAGUGACAUCUACAGUGUAAAGUUUUCUAAAAAACAGGGGACAUAUUUCAUGCAGUCCGUUCUGCCAUUUUUUUUUACAGGUUUUUGGGCAUGACCAAGGUUAAAAUGUCCAACAGGUUCUACUUCAAACAUUUAGGCAGUUUUAAAGAGAAAUAGUUAGGUAAUCAGAAAUGUAUGGUUUUAGUCAGAAAAAUCAAGCCUUUCCCCCUGCCUUUUAUUAGCAUCCGUGGAUGGGUACAAAAUUACAUCAGUGCAUCUCGAAAUUGUUCAGAACAGACACUUCAGCGUACAAUAACAUCAAAACACUACAAUCCAGGUGCAAUGCAUUACAACUUGUCAUACAAAAAAUCUUCACACAAAAGCUAUAUAUUUCUGUAUCAUAGUGUAAAAGAUGUACAUAAAUAACGGUUUAUAAAAAAAAUAUUUAUCUUGAUGUACAUAAUUUCUCUUUUUGUACCAACUAUACGUGCAGAAACUCACAAGUCACGGUACGGAAGUUCCCUCUUCAGAGUGUUCUUUACUUAGGGGAAAGAGGUGAGGAAAUUGAGCAGGCGAAGUUGACUAAAUACCAUAUAAUAAUUAUUAUUUUUAGUUAUCUCCUCUCACAAAUUUACUAUACAGCAGACUGAAUCAAGAAUAAAUUUGUUUAUUACAGGUCUAUGAAUAAAUCGGUUAACUGAAAGUGCCGUAAAUAUUAUUUCCUCUAUAUGCUAAGAAUUAUCCAUUGAAGAUUACAUGAUCUUCUCAGAGGCCCAGAAGCAUGAAUAAUGUUUUAAAAUUUUUAAGUUGAUAAAUGUCAAAAUGGAAUGCUUUCUGUGUACUGAUAUGUGAUCUACAAUGGGAGAACAAAAUAAUGAAGUUGAAAGGUUUAUUUCUUAACUUUCAAAAAUAAUGGCCUGGCAGCAACCUCUCUAUUUUGAAAUUGUGUAUCCUCAUGUCGCAUCGAAAAAGCAGGAAUACCAUAGUACUGUUUUUAAAACUAUAUCACCUACCCCCAAACCAGUCUGCUCACCGCCUUUUCCUAAAUAAAGAACACUAAGUAGCCUCUCUGUUUUGUAAAAAAUAUGAUGUACUUGUACAGAAUCUUAUGGUUAAAUCAAUGAAGAAUUAGUUUCCAUGUCAGUAAUUUCAGUAAAAAGGAGUACAGUCGAACCUCCGAUAAGCGACCACACAAAAUGAAAGACUUAGUGGUCGCUUACAAUAAUCGAACCACAAGGGGCCUCUUCCGAGAAGAGGUCUCGGCACAUCUACUUUACGGAAGAUAAUUUAUUGCAUGCAAUUUCUAAGUUACGCCAUGUCACUAAAGUUCUUUGUACAUGUCGUAUAUUCUAAGUAGCUUAGUGCACACA